AUGGAUCCCAUCCAUCCUCGAGGAUUCACACAUAUUUAUGGGCAAUCAUCUAAACCACCACAAGUUAUCCUAGAGAUCCCACCGCUGAGUGCAGCCACCUUUAUCCCAAUGGUGCCAAUAUCAGGAGUUGAGAUGUCUCCGUUAAUGACGGCAGAUGUGGGUGCAGGCAAGACCGUAGCAGAAUACCACAAUGACGUACUCAAGGAGCAGUUAAGAGCUAUAGAAGGGACCUAUGUGUCCAACUAUAUCAACCCUGUGGAUCUAUGCUUGGUGCCCAAGGUGGUCCUUCCACCUAAGUUCAAGGUGCCCGAAUUUGAAAAGUUGGACAGGACCCAAUAUCCUCAGACCCACUUGCGGCUGUACUGCCAGGCAAUGGCCGCAUACUUUGACAAUGAAAAGUUAACGAUGCACUAUUUUAGGAGCAGUUUAACUGGAACGAUGGCCAAGUGGUAUAUCCAUCAAGAUAGAACACAGAUCUGCACAUGGGGAGAUUUGGCUACUGCUUUUGUAGUUCAGUACCGACACAUCAUGGACAUGGCGUCAAAUCAGAUGGCCCUAUUGGAAAUGAGGAAGAAGUCUACUGAGACCUUUAAAGAAUAUGCCUACAGAUGGCAAGACUUGGCAGUCCAAGUUGACCCCUCGGUAGGUGACCAAGAAGUUAUUUCCCUGUUUGUUAGUACACUGAAAGACCCCUACUGA